AUGUUAGACAUGUCGGAAUCGGUACUAACGGCGAUGUACAGUUGGUUCACACCGACUGUACUCUUUGUCUUCCUCAACUUAAUGAUUGGUACCAUCGCCAUUAGCUCCUCUCUAUCUUCCAAAUCCAACGAUCCAAAUCAAACUCAGAUCCAACGAUCUCCUUCGGUGAUUCACCGUCUCAAAUCCAUCAACUUCGCUUCCUUCACUUCUCCCGACAAAUCUCAUCUCGAGUUACAUCCCCUAACAACUCCCGAAGACAAUCAGAUCGCUUCCGUCGAACAGAACCAGCCUUUCCUCUCUAGAUCUCCUUCUGUUCUUCACCGGAUAAAGUCUUUCAAUCUCUACAACUACAUUUCUCAAGAACCAGUCACCGUCGUCGAAGAAACUCCUUCACCACCAGAGGUAGAAGAAGAAGAGGAAGAAGAGACAAGCCCGAGCCUUGAAGAGGUUUACAGUAAUCUGAAUCUGAACCACGUGGCUCGGUCGAAAUCCGACACAGAGCCAGCUUCUGGAAUCAUCCCACCGAAACUUCCGAAGAAGAUGAAGAAAUCGGCGAGCACGAAAUCUCCCUUCUCUCACUUCGAGGAAGACGAAGUCUCCGUGGAGGCUCGUCGGCCGGAGACGGUUAGAGUGCAGAGAGUGACGACGGUUGAUGAAGAAGCGGAUGAAGAAGUUGACGCCAAGGCUGACGAUUUCAUCAACCGUUUCAAGCAUCAGUUGAAGUUGCAGAGGAUCGAUUCCAUCACUAAGUACAAGCAGAUGGUCAAGAAAAGAAACGUCAAGUGA